AUGCACAGCCCAAACCAUUGGACGGAUAGUGCUGAAUUUUGGCAUGCAGGUAUAAUCUCGGUCUGUUGGGUGUCUGGUGCAGGAGUGGGUCUGCUCCCACUGUUCGGUUGGCACGCUGGUAACAACAUGCCAGGCUGUUACUUCGUAGAGGUCAUGGACUACAAUUACCUGCUCUUCCUCUAUUUUGCCACCAUCGUGACGCCCAGCGUGUUGCUCGCUGCCUUCUACGCACACAUCUAUCGAGUGGUUGUCAAACAGCUCAGCGAGGUGAUGACAGUGGACGGCUGCCGGGGCCGCAUUCCCGGAGGAGGCACCAUGCUACGAGUACUUGGAGCCGCGCAGAAGCGAGAAGUCAAAGCCACACAGAAUCUCGCUAUUAUAGUAUUUUUCUUCAUCAUUUGUUGGAUACCACUCUACACAGUCAAUGCAAUCAAAGCCUUCAUGCCUGAGCUCGACAUUCCCAACCCUCUCACUUAUAUCUGCAUCAUCGUCUCCCAUCUAAAUUCUGCUAUUAACCCGUUUCUGUACGCGUACCACCUAAAAGACUUUAGGGCAGCUUUGAAGGGUCUUCUUUGCUCUAUAGGAGGCAGAGGAGUGACCAUUCAAGCAGCUUAUAGACCCCCAAUACCAGUUAGGAGGCAAGCGUUAGAGAGGUGCAACGCUUUGAGAGAAAGACCAAAAGUAUACGUGAAUUCUCCUGUGUGGCUUCGGCAGAAGGAAGCUGAAGCGAGUAUAACUGAUGACACUAGAGCGGUAGUCGUGGCUACACCGCUAGUCCCAGAUGUAGAACCGUUUAUAAAUAGAGUAGCUGAGGGUUCUAGUGGUUGCCACACACCAGAGGGUAGGGACAGCGAGGGUGGUCCCUAUCUUAUAGAUACUAACGAAGAGAGAUGCCAAAGUCCUUAUAAGAGAGUUGAGGAACUAAUUCGGCGAGUGCGCAGUGCCAGCGCAGACCACAGCUGA